AUGUAUCCUAAUAUUGGUAGAACGAAUGGAAUUCUUCAUAGUGAAUGGUCCAUUACACCACCAUGUAUUAUUCUCGUGUUUUUUCUCAGUGGUUUACUAUUAGAAACAAAACUAUUCGUUCAUGAAAUUAUUCGUAUUCGUUUACAUUUACUUGUUCAGAUUUAUAGUCUGUCAUUUAUGCCUGCUAUUGUCUAUGGUUUAGCAUUAUUAUAUCUACGAACAAUGGAACAUUUAUAUUCAUUCAACAAAACAUUGAUUGCUAGUAUUGUCAUAACAUCGAGCUUAUGUACAACAAUUUCAGGGAAUGUUAUUAUGACAAAACAAGCAGAUGGAAAUGAAUAUUCAGCAUUGGGAAAUAUUCUCGGUGUAUUUAUAUCACCGGCUAUCGUAACAUUGUUCAUGAAAAAUCCACUCAUCAGUCUUUUAAUAGCAACUGAAUAUAAUGUCACACCGAAUAAUCAUACAAAUAAUCUCAAUCAUACUUUAGACUAUAAAAAGACAUUGAUUAACUUAGGAUAUACAGUUAUACUCCCUCUUGUUGUUGGUCAAAUAUUUCAAUUAAUUUGGUCAGCUAGAAUAAAAGCUCUUGCUAAUAAACUUCAAUUUCCUAAAUUGUCCAGUGUACUAUUACUGCUUAUAUUAUGGUGCGUGUUUUGUAAUGCAUUUGCCAACAAAUCAUUCAAGUUGAUUUCUAAAACUGAUUUGAUUGUUCUUCUGAUCAUCCAAGUUCUAAUUUAUAUUUCGUUCUCUCUGUUUAUUAUGAUUAUUGCUCGAUUACCAUUGAUUAAUACUCUCUAUUCUGAAUAA